UCUAAGGGACGAGCUAACCCUCCCCUCUCGCCCCCCCACGGCAGCUUGCCGAAAGUCCGUGUACGUAUGUGCUCGCGCGCGCGCGAGGCAGCCGGCAGACCGAAGCUCGCGGAGGAGGCAGGUUCUCACUCCCAACAGCCAGACACACACUGAACACUCUGCGCGCCGCUCUCUCUUCAACCCUGGGACACGGAGGAGCAGCAGAAAGAAGACGGAGCGUAGGAGAGAGGGGGAGAAAGGCAAGAGGGAGACUGGCGGAGUGUGAGGGAGAUCAACCAUGGCUUCAGAUCCGGGGCUGGCGGUGAUACUGCUGUGGACUAUAUCACUCAGGGCUGUGGGCGCCGCAGGAACCAGCAGCAACGAGGUGAAUCUCCUUGACACGACAACGAUAACUGGAGACUGGGGCUGGCUGACAUAUCCAUCCCAUGGGUGGGAUGCCAUUAACGAGAUGGACGAGUAUUUUACCCCGAUUCACACAUACCAGGUGUGUAACGUGAUGAGCCCCAGUCAGAACAACUGGCUGAGGUCUGGCUGGAUCCCUCGAGAAGGAGCCAGGAGGAUCUACAUCGAGGUCAAGUUCACCCUGAGAGACUGCAACAGCAUGCCUGGAGUUCUGGGUACCUGCAAGGAAACCUUCAACCUGUUCUACUAUGAGUCGGACAGAGCCGUGGGCUCGGCCAUACGGGAGAACCAGUUCAUUAAGAUUGACACCAUUGCUGCAGACGAGAGCUUCACAGGCGUGGACCUGGGGGUCCGCAGACUGAAGCUCAACACUGAGGUGAGAGGGGUGGGCCCUUUGAGCAGACGGGGCUUCUACCUGGCCUUCCAGGACAUCGGCGCCUGCAUCGCCCUCACCUCGGUCCGGGUCUACUACAAGCGCUGCGUGGGCGUCAGCCGCAACUUGGCAGUUUUCACGGACGUAGUGACGGGGGCCGACUCAUCCUCGCUGGUGGAGGUCAGGGGUCAGUGCGUUGACCACGCUGAGGAGAGGGAUACCCCUAAGAUGUACUGCAGCGCAGAGGGAGAGUGGCUGGUGCCCAUUGGACGGUGCGUGUGCUCAGCCGGCUUUGAAGAGCACAGAGACUCCUGCGUUGCCUGUGAGGUGGGUUUCUAUAAGCCGGUGGCAGGCGACGGCCCGUGUGGGAAAUGUCCCCAACACAGCCACUCAGAGACCAGAGCCGCCGUCUCCUGCCCCUGUGACUCCAACUACUACAGGGCGGCAGAUGACCCACCAGCAGCACCCUGCUCUCGCCCUCCAUCCGCUCCAGUGAACGUCAUCUCCUCAGUCAACGGGACGUCUGUGGUCUUAGAGUGGGAUCGGCCGCUGGACACCGGGGGACGCAGCGACCUGCAGUACAGCAUACUGUGCCAGAGGUGCUCAGGAGAUGGGCCCUGUGAGGACUGCACAGCUUCCCCCGGAGGCAGCAGUGGGGGGAAGGUGGGCGGCGGGGCCAGCAUCGGGCUGGGUGGUGGGGGCAUCGUGGAGCGCUCCGGCAGCGCCGCGGUUCGAUUCAUUCCACGCCAGAGCGGUCUGACGGAGUCCCGGGUGACGGUGCUCAACCUGGUGGCCCACACCAACUACUCCUUCCGCAUCCUGGCCACGAAUGCUGUGACACACCUGAGCAACGAGGCUUCACCGUAUACUGUGGUCAACAUCACAACAAACCAGGCAGCUCCCUCGGAAGUGUUAUCCAUCCGCCAGGAGAACGCCAGUCAGAACAGCGUGACUCUGAUGUGGCAUGAACCCGACCAGCCCAACGGAGUCAUCCUAGAGUACGACCUCAAAUACUAUGAGAAGGACAAUGAAGAGCAGAGUUACUCCACCCUAAAAACUAGAAACACCAGUGCUCUUGUGUCGGGGCUGAAGCCGGGGACAAAGUACAUCUUCCAGGUUCGGGCCAGAACGUCAGCAGGCUGCGGACGCUUCAGCCAGAACGUCGAGAUCCAGACUGGAAAAGCAGCUCCUUUGCGUUACAACACUAUGACCAUCAUCUGGAUCUCCAUGGCCCUGGUGUCCGGCCUGGUCGCCUUCCUGGCCAUCAUCAUCUGCAGGAAACGGCAAGGCUACACUUUACCACACUACCCGUCGCUGCUACACUGUGGCUACAGCAAAGCGUUCCAGGACUCCGAUGAGGAAAAGAUGCAUUACCAGAAUGGUCAUGUGUCAUUCCCCGACGCGAGGUUCUAUAUCGACCCGCACACGUACGAGGACCCCUGCCAGGCGGUCCACGAAUUUGCCAGAGAAAUUGAAGCUUCCAGGAUCAAGAUUGAGAAAAUUAUCGGCUCAGGAGAAUUCGGAGAGGUGUGUUACGGACGGAUGAGGCUUCCUGGGAAACGAGACAUUCCUGUGGCGCUGAAGACGCUGAAGGCGGGAUACACUGAGAAACAGAAGAGGGACUUCCUAGCUGAAGCAUCCAUCAUGGCCCAGUUUGAUCAUCCAAACGUUAUCCGACUGGAAGGGGUGGUAACUCACAGUAAACCGGUGAUGAUCAUCACAGAGUACAUGGAGAACGGCUCUCUGGAUGCCUUCCUGAGGAGACACGACGGCCAGUUCACCAUCAUCCAGCUGGUCGGGUUGCUGCGCGGCGUCGCAGCAGGUAUGACCUACCUGUCCAACCUGGGCUACAUCCACCGGGACCUGGCCGCCCGCAACAUCCUGGUCAACAGCAACCUGGUGUGUAAGGUUUCUGACUUUGGCCUGUCCAGAGUCCUGGAGGACGACCCCGACGCUGCAUACACCACCAGUGUGAGUUUUCACAUUGAGGGCGGAAAAAUCCCAAUCCGCUGGACGGCUCCAGAGGCCAUAGCCUACAGGAAGUUCUCCUCCUCCAGCGACGUGUGGAGCUACGGCGUGGUCAUGUGGGAAGUGAUGUCAUACGGAGAGCGGCCGUACUGGAACCUCACCAACAGAGACGUCAUUAAGUCUGUGGAGGAGGGCUACCGGCUGCCUGCGCCGAUGGGCUGCCCCGCUGCCCUGCACACACUCAUGCUGGACUGCUGGCAGAAAGAUCGCAACGAGAGGCCGCGCUUUUGCCAGAUAGUCACCGUUCUUGACAAGCUAAUCCGCAACCCAGAGAACCUGAAGUCCAUGGACACUCUCUGCAGUUUAAGCAGUCCUCCGUUAAUGGCCAGAGCCAUCCCCGACUUCAGCAGCUGUAACUCCGUAGACGAGUGGCUGGACACCAUAAAGAUGGGCCGAUAUAAAGAACACUUUGCAGCAGGGGGCUUCCACACUCUGGGACACGUCAUAAGCAUGAAGCAAGGGGACAUCCAGAGGCUCGGCGUGACACUCAUGGGUCAUCAGAAGAAGAUCAUGACCAGCGUCCAGCUAAUGAGAGCGCAGGUCCUCAACAAGAGCGUCCCAUCGGUCCACGUAUAACUCCAGAGCCGACGUUACCGACUGCGUUACAGGCCCAGGCUUUUGUACGGCCGAGACGGACGCCUUGAAAAACAAAAACGACAGGUAAACGGGACGAGACGCUAUCUAAGAACUUUUCAAGAUUUUUUACUUGAGAAUUUAAGAACAAAAUGUAAAGGGAUCGCCUGUGGAAGCAAGGAAACGUGACAUUUUUGGGACCUACCUUUUCUUUUUCUCUUCCUACUGAAUACAAAUUUAUCACUUGUUUAAGAACGAAAAGACUGCCUUAAUUAUGACAUAUUAUUUUAAGUUUGUUGUCUACAAUUAAAAAAAAAUAAUUUAUGGUGAAUAUAUGAGAGUAGUGUGAUUUCCAGUCCCAAGGAAGAGCCUGAGCCCUGCGGUGACGUAGCACAGGUCGCGUGUUUGGAUACGUUCUGUUGCCGCUGUAGAAGGGCAGCAAUAAACUCUAGAAGAGAGCGGCUCAGAACCAGGCUGACGUGAAGAACACGAGCCGGGGCUCACCGAGGGGCCACGUCAUCUCCAGCUUCACCCCAGAUUUUAGCUCUGACAAAGGGCUGCGGUGUCAGAUCUGCUUCCCAACACGAACCACGCUGGAGAUCUAGAACCUCCUGGCCGGCCGGCCUGCAGCUGCUAUACCUGGAGGAUGUGUGUAACUCAACUAUAGUGCACUUUAUUCUACAAUCUUUCCGUGUUCAAGAGGCUUUCUGGUUGAAACACAACUGAACACACGGCGCUAGCUACAGAAUUAGGUGAUGUAUCACAUCUUUUAUUUACCAGACAAAAAAAAUUAGCUAAUCUAAAAGCUAAAGCCAGCAACACUCAGACAGUUGGGAGAGGCUUCUGCUUUUUGUUUUGUUUUGUUUUGGGGGGGCGGGGGGGGUUGUGUGUGUUAACAUUACAUUCAGUGCACAGGUAAAUCUGUGGCCAGCUUGCUGAAUAAGGGAUUCUCAGUCUACCUCAGAUCUGGACUGCAGGCAGGCCAGCCGAGCACAAAGUUAGCAUAGAAACUUUGCAAUAGAAAUAAAACUCCCGAGAAACAAAACAAUGUUGUGACUCUAGCAUGUUUCCAAAGUAGCAUUCAGUUAGCCAUGCUGUACCAUCCCAUAAUACCAGAAAUAUGGACUUCUACUUGGUUUUUUAAAAAUGAUUUAGAUCAAAUAUUUAAACAGUUAAAACCAGGUUUGUGUGAUAGUGUGUAAUUUUGUUUAGAUCCAACUCUCUUUGCUUCAACAGCUGCGACAGUUUAGCUGAACAAACAGGAGCAUAAAAACAAGCAGUUUUCAUGCUGCUGUUGACAUAUUCAAAUUUCUAAAGAUGAAACAUUUAAAUCUAAGAAUAUCUUUGUAAUGUGUAAUGUGGAUGUGGUUGUCACUAACAUUUGGUUUUUUAGUUCAUAGUUAUUUAACAAUAAAGCUACUUUCUUUGCCUCUCCUAACUGUCCUCAGAGUGUUACGGUGUUAAUAAACGGAAAUGACGCUAACUCUAGAUUUUCGAUUUGUCUGGCAUAUAAAGGCCGAAAGAAAUUAACGAGAAAUUCGUUUUUUGCUGAAUUAAAAAAGAAACCUUUGAAAAUAAGGUUUGUAUAUAAAUUAAUAUAUUUUAUAUUGACUGUAUAAACACACAUUACAAUGUGUUUUGAAAAGCACAUCAUUUGACAGGUUGUCUGGAGUCCAUUCUUAAAGGGAUUCAUUUUCUUAUUAGAGCAGCCUUUGAUUCAGGAAUUGAUUCAACGUAAGCACAUUUUUAAUGGAAAAAGAAAAAAAGUUUUACUUUCUUAAAGAACAGAAGCUUCACAUCAAGGUGAAUCUGUGACGAGGCGACACGGUGGCACAGCUGCUAGCACCACUUUCUUACAGCAAGAAUCUCCUGGGUUUGAAUCCUGGCUUUGCUUUUUGGGUUGUUGGAGUUUGCAUGUCGUCCUUCGUAGAUGCAUGGGUUCUCCCCGGGUACUCCAGCUUCCUCCUGCUGCUCAAAUCUACACAUGUAAUUUACCAUUUAGAGUGUGUGUGCGUGUGCGUGAUUGUGAUGGACUGCUGAUUUGUCUGAGAUGUUACCCCUGUGCUGUCCAAACGUAUUACUGCCCACGCAGAUUUCUCCUGGGUUUCUUUUUUGACUCUUUUCAGAUCAUUAAACACAUUUUAAUAUCAGACAAAGAUAACAUGACUAAAUACAUAAAGCAGGUUUUAAAAAUAAAUUCAAUAAUAAAUGGAUUUAAUGAGGAAAGGAGGCCCUGCACUCCAACCGAGCUGUAAAUUGGUUUCAUAUACAACUUGACUUUGCACAAUUUGACUCCAUUUAUUUUUCCUGAAAUAAAUAAAAUCGUUGGAAAAUAGUUGUCUUUGUCUGUUAUUAACAAUUGUUUGACAAUCUAAAAUAUUUGUCUGUACUGUUAGCUCAUAGCUGGCUAAGUCAAACACAGUACCUAACUUUAUAGCUGCCAAUUUGAACAAAUUAAUAAGAAGUUGUGAUUAAGGUAGCGCUCUUAAAAUAACAGGAUUAAAGUAAAUUAUGAACAUUUGUAAAAACUGAUAUAUACUAUAUAUUUAAAAAAAAAACCUGAAUAAAUAUUGAUCUUUUGAGCAAAACAAUGACUUUUACAAAGACAUCCAGUCUAUCCAAUAUGGCUGCCCAUGUCUGACAGAGCAUUUCCUGUUUGCUAAGUCAAGACAAAUUCAGUUUGUUUUCCAUCAGCGUUGAUCCAAAUGCCUUCCAAACUAGCAGAUAAUCGAUAUAUUUCCAAAUGUAGAAAUGUCACAAAUAACAGUCACUAUUUCUGCUCAGUUUCUUAAUAUUUAUUCUAUAUAUCUUUCAUGCAAAAAAUAUCACACUGCAUAUGUUUCACGUCAGAUUUACACCAUAAUAUCUCGUCGCCGUGUCAUCGAAUGUCCGCUGUGUAACCAGAUGUGAACGUUUCCCAUUCGUCCCAGAAGUUAGAGCUCAGAUCUGGAACCAGGUUGGCAAGAAGAUCUGCUUUUAGUUGUGGUCUUAAGUGCCAUCAGCAGCACAAGUCGUUUUGGUUUUCCUCUCCAUUUUUUUUUUUUUUUUUUUUGUGUGUUGAAACACAAACGGAACAUUUCAUGUGUGUCUGUUGAAGCAUAAAAUGUCAGAUGUGCUAAUGACCACGUGCCACGUCACCAAUACUGGAAACUAUUGGACUCAUAUUGGUAACCUCCAGAUGUCAGCAUUCUGACUUCAGGUGCCGUUCUUGCUGUAAUGCUAAAUGGAAAUUCAGAAAUUAUGAUUUCUAAAUAUAAAAUGGUGGUAAAAUUAUAUAUUUUUGAAUGUUUUUUUUUUUUCCUUUCUUUUCUCGUGGAAGGAAUGUAGCACAACCGAAAAUCCUUGUGUUAUUUUUUACUUCUUUUUUCUUUCCAACAACACGGUGUUCCAUCUGAUACUGAAGUAAAUUCAGGAUCAGUGCUGAUUCUCUUUAGAUGACCCAAAAGUAAAUACAGCGCCUUUAAAAAGUAUUCACCCCCUCGAAUGUUUUCCCUUUUUGUUGGUUAGGAUUGAUUUUGCUUUUAUAAAUCAAUCCUAAUCAACAGAAUUUGUCUUUUUUUUGAAAAACGAAAACAUUACAAAAUAAAAAUUGUAUAAUGUUAAAGUGAGAAUCGAUUAGUACAAAAAUAAUUACAAUUGAAUAAAAAUACGCAUGUAGUCAAUGGGGAAUAUUCAUGCAACACUUAUUUUAUGUGAAAUACUUUAUUUAAUUGUCAUUAUUUUGUAGAAAUACAUUUUUACUUCAACAUUAAAGUGUUUUAUGUCAACUCUUUGGUCCAUAAAGCCAAACUUUGCUGAUCAUGAUGGAUCGAUAUAAAGUGAAGAACAUCCAAGGGAAUGAAUCAUUUUUAUUGGUACUGUAUCUGCAGACAUAGAUCUGUGGGUACAACAUGACACAUAAACUGCAAAGGCUGUAAAAUAAAGUGUUACUUUGACAUCUGCUCACAUGGUUUGCCUCAGUUCUGAUAAAAGGCAACAAAGAACAUAUCAGUGAAAUGUUUGCAAAUUAAAAACUUUGCCUAGACUUCUAAAGCUUGUCCGAUUUGUGCGAACAGGAGAAUGUCUUUUCUGGCAGAACUCCCUCCGGGUGGUCGAUACUGUUUUUAUUAGAGAACUUUAUUAUAUUUCUUGUAUUAUAGUGACAUUUUACUACUGGUUUCAGACUUUUGUUUUCCUUUUGGAUGCUAUUGAAGUCACAGGGCUUGAACUGUAAAUCCAUAUUUUCUAAAGCCAGGAUCUGUUUUUUGCCAGAUGAAUUGAUUUAUAACGUACACAGGAUGUUUAGUCACUGGAAGGCCCGAUUUGUUCACAUCUCAUUAUUUAUUCAGACGUUUUGUUUCAUAAACAAUACCAACUCUGAAAUGAUCUGUUGUCAUUGAUGAGUCAUCCUUGUUGCUAAUAAGUCAUAAAUGUGCAAACUGUUCAUAAAGACACAAUAAAGGAAUGUUCAUCUGUGUGUGACUGCAACA